AUGAGCGAGUCCAAUCAAGUGCAGGUGUUCAGGUUGCUGAAUCCGUCCAGCAAGCUCAAAUACCAGUCAAUUAUACAGUCAGACUAUGUGGGGGAGCGGCUGGACACGGUGACGUCGUGGCACAAGCUGCGCGUGAAGCUGAUCACGUGGAACUUGCGGUGCAUGGAAGAUUGUCCUUUGAGCCAUAUACGGCAGUUACUGUCCUCUAAUCAAAAUUAUGCCGAUAUCUACAUCGUGGGAUUCCAGGAGACCGUCCCGCUGACCUCAUUUGCCGCCUCUGCCAAAGUCAUUGACCAGUGGUGCGACAAAUUGCUAGCGGCCCUGCCUCCUCACCAGUUCAAGGCGGUGCACCGGUACGGGCUGCUCGGGCUGACCAGCGUGCUGCUAGUCAGAGACGAAUUGGAGAGUCAGGUAUCUGACUGCUGCUCCCGGACCGUCGGACUCGGCUAUCUGAACUGGUACAACAAGGGCUGUAUCGAGACGCAAUUUUCCAUAGGCCAGAUAGACGAGAAGCUUGCGGGAGUGCGAGUCCAGGUGUUCAACAUGCAUCUGACACACGGCGAGGAAGAACUAUCGGUUGAAAUGAGGAACCAGUGCCUGAAGAAAGUCCAGGAUAGUCUAGGAACGAUUAGAAAUGCGGCACUUGCGGGGCCUGCACCGUCUGUGGAAGAAGAACUGGUUUGCGAGCCGCAUCUGAGCCAGACUGAGCUUGACAAAAUUGACAGCAAGGCCAUCAACCGAAUAUUCAGGAAGCAGGGUCGCAAGGCAGUCUUCGCCGGUGGUGACCUCAAUUACCGUCUGGAAAACACAAACGUCAAAGACUAUAUCUAUAAAAAUGACUAUGAAAAAUUGCUGGAGAGCGACCAGCUCCGCGCACAGAAAGACCGAGGCAACAUAUUCAGCGGGUUCUCCGAGGGCGAGGUUCGGUUUCGUCCCACGUUCAAAGUGACCGAGACGCUUGAAUAUGAAGCAACUCGUGUGCCGUCUUACACAGAUAGAAUUCUGUACAGCGCGGACGACGGACUGGAGCUGCUGACGUACGACGUUUGCGAGGUGAACGGGUCUGACCACCUGCCAGUGGUGGCAGAGUUUGCGUUGGAUGCGAGAAUGGUCGAUUUUGGGGCUCUGAAAGCAGUGCGUUCUGAGAUCGGAGCCCAGCUGGACAGAAUCCUCAACCAGAUGGAAAUCGUGGACGUUUCGCCGUCGCUGGUCGAUAUCGACGUUGUGGCCGGCAUAAAGGAGGCGGCUGAGGUCACCGUGAGAAACCUCACGGAGGAACCGCUGCAUUACAAUCUGGAUAUUGGCAAACGGCUCUUCAGAAAGCCUGUGAUCAAGCUGCUAAACGACGACGGCAUACUGCCGGCAAAGGAAGCGAAAAAGCUGAAAUUCGAGAUUAACACCUCCAAAAUCGAGAAAUUCGAGAAAACGCUCACAAUGACGUUUGCCAAUUUCGAGUUUGUCAGGUUCCUUGUAUUCUCGGUGUCCUCAAAGUCAAUUCUGUUCCAGCCCGUGCAUGAGCUAGAGGAAAUGCAAUAUCAAAACAUUGUGCAGUCGUUCGAUUUUAUUAUGCAAGGCACAACAGAUAAUCUAUUAACAGGAAUGCAGUCUGUUGUGGAUCUCUCGUCGUUGAACGAGUUUGAGGUGUGCUUGCUGAAAGAUAUGACGCUGCGGGAGAUCAACUUCGACCUACUGGCCAAGCUGAACUCUAUAGGAAUGGUGCAGAACGAAGGAUCGUGUGGAAUCAUGAAUGUGCUAUAUUUGUGGCUGAAAAGCCUGCCAGAGCUCGGGGGAGACAAGAGGUCAGGCGUUGUUUUGAGCAAGAUGAUCUCUUUGAUAAAGUUUCUCGAUCUGGACCAGGAAUCAGGGUUCAAGUAUUUUGGCUUUCUCUUUCAGGAUGAGUAUGAGCUGGAACGAGCUCUCGAAUCCUAG